GUCUGGCUCUAACCUGAUGCUAUUAAUACCACCUAAUGAACAUAAUCUGUAGGGUAGGUUAUCCUCUUACAUUUGUUGGCUGGAUGGCUGAGGGGAGGAGUGGAGAGCGAGUGAAAGAGGAGGGAAAAAGCUGUGCUGUAGUUUCACACUGAGCGUGCUCCCUCCACCAAGCUGCAGUGCCUUCUCUCUCUCUCCACUACUGCUCCUCUGAAUGGAAGAAACAGAAAGCUAAACAGAUGUUUAAAGUUUCGUUUCUCAUCUAAUCUAACGCCCCUCUAUAUUGUCAGCCCUCUACCACCCUCUCUCUGGAUGCACUGUACCAGAGGGCAGUGCUGUUAAGUGCUUUAUUGUUCUUCAGUGUGUGUAUAUAUAUACUGGGUAAACCUGUUGGAAGUAAUAUAGGAUUAAAACACAACUUGCGUAGUCACACAGUGGGAGCCUCGCUUUCAUUUUUCAUCAGUUAUGAACUCCCUACCAUCUGACUCAGGAGCUAGAAUAUCUGGCUGUUGGACUCUAAGAUCUGAUGGCAGUGGAGGUGGUGAGGGAUCACUGGACCGGCUUCUCCCCUCGGUAAGCACAGGCCUCUCACCCAGGAAAAGGACCACCAGCCAGUGUAAGUCUGAGCCACCUCUCCUACGCACUUCCAAACGAACCAUCUACACCGCUGGACGCCCACCCUGGUACAAUGAGCAUGGAGCACAGUCCAAAGAGGCCUUCGUUAUUGGUCUGUGUGGCGGCAGCGCCUCAGGAAAGACAACAGUAGCCAGGAAAAUUAUCGAAGCUCUCGAUGUGCCAUGGGUUGUACUGCUCUCAAUGGACUCUUUUUACAAGGUCCUGACCCCAGAACAGCAGACUCUGGCUGCCAGCAACGACUACAACUUCGACCACCCCGAUGCUUUCGACUUUGAUUUGCUGACCCACACCCUGCGCAAACUCAAACAGGGCAAGAGCGUGAAAAUCCCUGUGUAUGACUUUACAACUCAUGGGAGACAGAAGGAGUGGAAAACCGUAUAUGGAGCCAGUGUCAUCAUCUUUGAGGGAAUCAUGGCCUUCGCAGAUAAAAAACUCUUGCAGUUGCUGGACAUGAAGAUUUUUGUGGACACGGACUCUGACAUCCGGCUUGUGCGUCGGUUGAGGAGGGACAUCACAGAGAGAGGCCGAGACAUUGAGGGUGUCAUCAAGCAGUACAACAAGUUUGUAAAGCCAGCGUUUGAGCAGUACAUUGAACCCACCAUGCGCUUGGCUGAUAUCGUGGUGCCACGAGGUGGUGGCAAUAUGGUGGCCAUCGAUUUGAUUGUGCAGCAUGUCCACAGUCAGCUGGAGGAGAGGAAACUUCGCUGGGAUAUGGCAGCCCUGGCUUCUGCUCACCAGGCCCAACCCCUCCCCCAGACCCUCAGUGUUCUGGAGAGCACACCCCAGGUCAGGGGCAUGCACACCAUCAUCAGAAACAAGGAAACCAGCCGCGAUGAGUUCAUCUUCUACUCCAAGAGGCUGAUGCGUCUGUUGAUCGAGCGAGCUCUCUCCUUCCUCCCCUCACAGGUCCACGUAGUCCAGACGCCCCAGGGAGAGGAUUAUGAAGGCAGGACUUUCCACGGGAAGAGGAUCACAGGCGUGUCCAUCCUGCGAGCUGGGGAGACCAUGGAGCCGGCUCUUAGGGCCGUCUGCAAAGACGUCCGCAUUGGCAAGAUCCUGAUCCAGACUAACCAGGACACAGGAGAACCAGAGCUUCAUUACCUGCGUCUACCCAAAGACAUCAGUGAAGAUCAUGUGAUCCUAAUGGACUGCACUGUGUCCACGGGAGCCGCUGCCAUGAUGGCUGUGCGAGUCCUACUGGACCAUGACGUUCAGGAGGACAAGAUCCUGCUGGUGUCUCUGCUAAUGGCUGAAAUGGGAGUCCAUUCAGUGGCUUACGCAUUCCCACAGGUCAAAAUCAUCACAACAGCUGUUGACAAGAAGGUCAAUGAUCUCUUCCACAUCAUACCUGGAAUAGGAAACUUCGGGGAUCGAUACUUUGGAACAGACGCACCUCCUGACUGGAGCGACGAAGAGAUGGACGAGCCCAGUUACUGAUUGAAUUACUGGCAGCGCACUAACUUAUUGGGUGAUUCAGGGCUGUGCCCCUCGGAGGACA